UUGACAUGAUAAAUUUCAAAUGCGAGUGUAUGAGAUUAUUGACGGUGGUCGACCUGAAAACCUCACCAAACACCAAUUAAUUGGACUUCCCUACUUGUUGGCCGCCAUGGAAACAGAAGUCAGCCGCCAUUUAAAAUCAAGAGUGCAUCUUCUAUGACUUUUUCGUCGGUCCAAAUGCCUGCAAUUCCUAGUGUCUUCCUCCUCCUCAUAUCCUGCUUGAAAAGCUGCAUCAUACAGAUUCAGUCGUUGCAAGAUCGCAAAAGUUUGGUUGGUUGAAUGUUGGUUUCAAUCCACCUUAUUUAGGUACAUUCGAUUGACAAUUUGUCUUUACAAACCAAUUUUCUCCCAAUUGCUAGUCUUCUUAGAGAUCGGAGACAAUUUAUCAAACAUCUGUCAGGCGCUUCUGUGGUACUUAAAGCUUCAUCUUUUUGACUUGAAUCGCUUACUGUCUUCUUCGAUUAGACUCCUGGUUCAUCUUUUCUCAACUGGGUUUUUUCUCUCUCUAGUCGAGAUUUUCAUUUGCUCCAAGUUUCUAGUUAUUAAUGAUCUCUUGGCACCUGAUAAUCUUCAAGUAGCUGUGAGAUUUUAGUGUUUCUAUACAGUAUCAUCUUUUCUUGCAUACAUUUGUUGUAUUUCAAGAAGGUUACAAGAGAUGAAAGGGAAAUUUGGGGCAUCAGGGACUUAUUUCCUGUUGAACACCGGAGCCAAGAUUCCUGCCAUAGGUCUUGGGACUUGGCAGAGUGGUGGUGAUUUCUGUGUGGAGGCAGUGAAAACUGCUUUAUCAGUCGGAUACCGUCACAUCGAUUGUGCCCACCUAUAUGGGAACGAGGCUGAGGUUGGGGAAGCUCUGACCGAGUUUUUCAGGGGUUCAUUGAAAAGAGAGGAUCUUUUUUUGACUUCUAAGCUGUAUUGUACCAUGAAUUCGACUAAUAAGAUCGAGAACUCUGUUAGAGUUUCUCUUAAGAAUCUUGGGGUGUCAUAUUUGGAUCUUUAUUUAAUGCAUUGGCCCGAGAGCUCAGCUUUUGGUGAUGCCACUGACCCUCCUGCAAAUUCGGGUUCUGAAUACAGACAGUUCUUGAGUAAGUUGAAGACGGCAUGGAAAACAAUGGAACGAUUGGUUGAAUUGGGUCUUGUUCGGGCUAUUGGAGUUAGCAAUUUCAAUAUACAACAAAUGAAAGAGCUGCUCAAAUUCGCCAAAAUUAUCCCUGCAGUCAAUCAGGUGGAGUUGCAUCCAUUUUGGAGGCAAGAUGAGCUUGUAAAAUUCUGUCAGUCGAAAUUUAUACAUGUAUCUGCUCACACACCACUAGGAGUACCAACUUCAGCUCCUAAACCAUCUGAAAGUGGAUCGAGUGAGGAAGAUGAACCUGGAACACCUCGUAUAUCAUUCAGAAGGUCAAGAUCAGUUCAUGGGCCAAUGCUUAAGUUGUCGGUGGUGGCAGAGAUAGCAGACAGACAUAAAAAGACUCCCGAACAGGUUAUUUUGAGAUGGGGUCUUCAGAGAGGAACGAGCGUAUUACCAUGCAGCGUGAAGCCCGAGAGAAUACGGAAAAACAUCGACAUAUUUAGCUGGAGUUUAUCAGAUGAUGAGUACCGGCGUUUGAACCAGAUAGAGCCACAAGUAUGUCUAUUUGGAAACGGGCCUCUGGAUACCAUCUCGGAGGACAAUGGUUCGAUCUUCGGAAGCGGUCCGCUUCAAGCGGUUCACGAGUCCGAAGAUGAUGUCGAGUUCAACUCAUGAUGGUUGUUGAAAUAUGGUGUGAAUUUUAUAUUUUUAUUUUUAAUUUAAAUGCAUAAACAUGUUGAUUUUGUUGUAAUGCUAUGUCCUCUGGGCUCUUCUGGGUGUGGGUGAUGAACACGUUUUAGGGUGUUUUAUUGAUUUGGUGGAUCCGGGUCUUGUACAAAAGUGACUGUUGGAUAUUGUUGAUGGAUUGUAUUUUAAUUUAUUGUUUUUAUACAUCGUAUUUGCAGUUUUAC